GACAAGACACACAGCCAUUGCAACACUGCACAACGGGUAAAAUAAUAUUUUCUUCAUACGAAAUGCACAACAAACCCAGUCCUCCCAUGAGGAUAUCGUACAGAAUAUCGCACUUGUGGCUGAUGUUGGUCAUGUCUGCAUUGCUCACCGUAGGAAAAGGAGAUCAGGAGUUUAGUCCAGCGACGGUCAGAAUUCAUCAUGAAAGGUCAACGGAGUCCAAAAUUUUCGCUACUGUGGAAGCAUUCCAAGAAACCCAUAACUUGAUUCUCCAAAAGGUGAAAAUCCCAUCAGUACGCAUUCAAGAAUUGAUUCUGGGACCAAAUGGAACUAUCGAAUCGGUUAACGUCUCUUCCAAAGCCGAAAAACAUCAUUUUUUCUCAGAUGAAAACACCGGAUCGCUAUUUUAUUUGACCGGCGAAGGAAACCUUGAAGGCGCACUAACCGACUUUGUAGGACUGCGUUUUCAAAAUAAUUCGUACAUCGCAUCCAAAUCAGGUGGACCAAGCGGUAAAUUUUGCGCGACGAGUUCGGCUGAAAUCCCCCAAGAAGAUAUCUACAGCACAGAUAGUCCAAUAUCAGACACGCGACAAAACCCAUCAUACGUGGUCGAACUAACUGUGUACGCUGACUCGGUGCUCCUAAACCGCUUCUCUUCGGUUAGCGCUUUGGAUUCUUACCUCAGAGUUUACUGGUAUCUGGUGAACCGAAGAUUCAAAACUGUGCAAGGUGCUACAAUAAAUUUAAAACUGACGGAUAUAAGGGUUUCUACAUCAGUGACAGUUGACAGCUAUUUUAUGCAUGCUCCUUCUACUUCAAGUUCUCACAUACGUAAUAGUCUAACUCUUUUCGGAAAGUACGUAGGAUCACAGGUUUCAAGUGGAAAAAUCAAUCGUUUUGACGCGGCUCAGUUGAUGUCUGGCCGUGAUUUUUAUGAUGUAGAGAAUGGCGUCGUGAAGAAAAACUUCGCUGGAUUGGCCUACGUCGGAAGUGUGUGUAUGAUUUCAUCUGGAAUCGCGUCCAACACUGGAGUGGCUGAAGACAACGGAUACUACUACGGAGUUCUGAACUCGGCGCAUGAAAUGGGACACACCCUUGGAGCACCGCACGACGGAGAUGGUACGUCAGCCAAGUGUCCUUGGAGUGCGGGUUAUCUGAUGAGCUACAUAGCAAAUUCAUACUUAAGUCUUCGGUUUUCGCAAUGCUCUUCGGAUGCCAUGAAAGCUAUUUACUUCAAAGAGUUCGCGACGUGUCUCAAGAGCAACACCAACCCUACCUACUAUCCGUUUAACCAGAUCUUGCCAGGACAAAGCAUCACUCUUGACAAACAGUGUCAGUACUACAUGGGUCAGUCUGGAGCAUACGCGGACAAAAGCGUGCCUGCCAAAACCCACUGCUAUAGUUUGAGGUGUCGCUGGGGCAGCACCAUCAAGACUUUCCAGUUCCCUGCUCUGGAGGGAACACCUUGCUAUAGCGGAGGUCGAUGCCUCGAUGGUUACUGCCAGUAAAACGUGAUUGCCCAAUUGAGCUGGGAACUUACUGCUAUUCUUGUAAUAGUAGGAGUUUCAGUUUAUUGUAUUCUUUAAUAUGUGGUAAUUUUGCCAUCAUAUUGUUUUCUUAAAUGCAUUGUACUUGGUACAAGAUUAUUGGAAAUUUGCCAUUGCGCGCUCUUUUCAAAUUAAAAAUUCUGAAAUAUUUUAUUAUAUUUGAUCUGCAUUA